UCCCAUUCCUAUUUCUCCUCGCCUUUGCCAUCUUCAUUCUUCAACAAAAUUCCAUUCCCUCAAAUCUAGCUGCCCCACAAAACACGCACCUAUACAUACACUCACAUAUACAUACAGUCCGAAUUUGUAAUGAAUCGGAAGAGGACCGAGAGUCCGGUCUACGCCCGCCAGUGGAGCGGCGGAUCCAGCAGCACCGGUUCCUCCUCGCCUGUCGGCUCUCCGGCUCACCCCCGCUCCAGGCUCCUCCCUUCCGCCGCCGGGAUGUCCACCAUCAAGCGGACUCAGAACGUCGCCGCAAAGGCCGCGGCGCAGCGCCUGGCGCUCGUCAUGGCGUCCAAGACCCCCAAUGAUGACGAUGAUGACGAAGACGAUGACCUCGGCUUCCGCUUUGCUGCUCCACCGGCGCCGAUGUCGGCUUCCAGUAAUAUUGGUGUUAAUCGGAGUGACAGUGGGAGUAAUGGCGGCGGCUUCUCCGGAAUUUCGCUUACCAGGCCUAAUAGAUCUCCGUCGCCUUCGGCGAACCGCCAUAAGCCGCCAUACGAGAUUGAUGACACUGGCCAUUAUGAAUCUGGUUGCAGUUUUGAUCCAACAGUCAGGGUGGACUUCAGUCAGCACUUUUUGUACAAUUGUCGGAAUUUUAUGGACAUCAAUCCUCCUGUUCGUUCGACAUCAGCUGGAAGAUCUUCAAUGUCUGUCCGUACAGGAACAAAUACAGUGGCACCACCAAGUAGAUCCUCUUUGAAAACUCCAGUAGCCAUACCUCCAAUUGAACCCCCUAGUAGCAGGUUAAGAGAAAAGAGAUUUGUACCUGAUAUAGGCCGUGACCUGAAAGGUUCUGAAAAUCAGCUAGAGGCUUCUGCACUUCGUGAUGAACUUGAUAUGUUGCAAGAGGAGAAUGAAGUAAUCUUAGAUAAGCUUCGUCACGCGGAUGAAAAGCGUGAAGAAGCAGAGGCUAGAGCCAGAGAGUUAGAGAAACAGGUAGCUUCCCUGGGGGAAGGUGUAUCCUUGGAAGCUAAACUAUUAAGCCGGAAGGAAGCAGCUCUUCAAAAAAGAGAGGCUGCUUUGAAAGCAGCAAAACAGACAAAAGACGCAAGGGAUGGAGAGCUUGCAGGUCUCCGUGCCGAACUUGAGAACGUGAAAGAGGAGACUGCCACUGCUGUAGAACAGCUCCAUGAAGCUGAAUCUGAAGCAAAUGCUCUCAAAACAAUGACACAAAGGAUGAUUUUGACACAUGAGGAGAUGGAAGAAGUUGUUCUGAAGAGAUGUUGGCUUGCUCGUUAUUGGGGUUUAGCUUCACAUUAUGGUAUAUGUGCAGAUAUAGCUGUUUCCAAGCAUGAGCACUGGUCAUCUCUAGCUCCACUGCCCUUUGAGGUUGUUAUAUCGGCUGGACAGAAGGCGAAAGAGGAUUCCUGGGAUGGUGGGGAUGAUUCAGAUCGAAGCAAACUUGCUCGAGAUUUGAAUGAUCUAACUGGGGAAGGAAAUAUAGAGAGCAUGCUUUCUGUUGAGAUGGGUCUAAGGGAAUUAGCCUCAUUAAAGGUUGAGGAUGCUGUUGUGCUGAUGAUGGCACAGAAAAGACAAUCAGCCUUAGUUCGCCAAUCUCUCUCAGAUCCUAAAUCAUCUGGUGAUCCCAAGUACAUGGAAGCAUUCGAGUUGAGUGAAGAGGAAUGCGAUGAUGUUCUUUUCAAAGAGGCUUGGCUUACAUAUUUCUGGAGAAGGGCAAAAGUGCAUGAUGUUGAGGAGGAUAUUGCGGAAGAGAGACUUCAGUUAUGGAUAAGUCGGAGUGGGAAAACCCCAACGUCACAUGAUGCUGUUGACGUUGAAAGAGGUCUAAUAGAGCUGAGGAAGUUGGGAAUUGAACAGCAACUGUGGGAGGCAUCUAGGAAGGAAAUUGGACAACCUUCGUUAGCCAAUGGCAGUCAUCCUCCUGAAUCAGAUGCCUAAUCGGUAUGCUAUUAGAUGUGUAUGUUCUCCCAAAAUACAUUUGUUUUCUUUUUUAACUUUUUUUGUGUAUCUACAGAUUUUCGUAUACAUGUAUUGGUAGUUUGUGUUGCCCUUAGGAAUUUAAAACCAAAGGUUUUUAAGUUGGGAAGUUGUAAAGCCAUUUGUAUCAUAUAGAAUUACAUUGGUUGAGAUUGAGAAAGAGGCCGAAAGCGUUGUAUUUGAAUGUUAUUGAUUUCCAACUUAAAGGAGCUAGACUUUGUGCA